AUGCCGUUCAAUGGAGCGUCACCAAAGCAGAAUGUUUCAGGCCCAGAUACCACAGUGAGACCACAAAAGUCGCCAGAAUUCAAUUCUCCUGGCUCGACCGCAACAGUGUUAGAGAUUCACACCAGAUUGCAGGAUACCUUCGAGAGCGACCUGACGAAUUCCGACCAACGAGGUUCCAUUUAUGUGCUCCUUGACCCGAACCGCCCUGAACUUCGGAAGAUAGGGAUAUCAACGAAUGUAGGGAAACGUCAAAAAAGCAUUCAGUAUGCUUGUGGACUUAAGCUCCACCUAAUACAUGAAAGGACAGUCGACAAUUACAAACGAGUGGAGGCCCUCGUUCAAGACGAUCUUUGGAAUGUUUGUCGACCCUACAAAUGCCAGAAGUGCGGCACGAAACAUGGAGAAUGGUUCAACGUAGACAAUCAUCUUGCUAGGGAGACCGUGGAUAAAUGGGUCAAAUUCAUGCGCGAAGAGCAGCCCUAUGAUACAACUUCAAAGACGCUUCAGCCAUUCUGGAGACAUCUGAUCGCGGUUAGGGAGCCUCUGUUCAAAGAGAAAAGUCUCGAUAUCGAUACGCUUCGAAUGCAUUGGGCUCAUAUGUUGUCGCCAUCUGUUCCCAUCCGCCUACACUACCGAGUUUGUAUGGUAUGGAGAUUCGUCUGGAGAUUUUACUGGCAGGUGAACGCCACGAGCGCCUGGGUGGGAGUGUUCGUUGCUUUCCAAAACCGACUUACUUUCCUUUUCAUGCUUUCAUCCAUCGUUGGAGUAUUCAUCAGCAUGUAUGGAGGAGGAGAUGAUUGGUCGCCACGAGCUUCGAAGAGUCCAAGAAAGUCACCCUCAAAAGAGAAGUCAGUACCUCCAGUGCCAUACUGA